ACUGCGUUGGGCACACUUCGCGACCAAUUCUAUAUCACAAAAAAAAUUUUCUGCGGCCAAAUUCGCGUUUUCGAAAACGAGAAUUAACCGGAGAAUCAACGCAUGGAGAACGGAUUAGAGAACGGAGCCCUGGCCGAGGGCGAGCCGGUGGACGAGGCUUCCGAGAACCAGGUGCUGAGCAGCUCAGACGGCGAAGGAGAUGUUGAUGAUCGGGAGGAGGGGGUAGUGCAGCAGCAGCCGCCGCCGCCGCAGCAGCCACCAACAACAAACGAUUUAGUGGCUGCGGGGAGGGAUGGGGGCGGCGAAGGUCCUUUACCCAUGGAUCUUGGACAUGCAGAGUCUGGAGUUCCGGCAUUAGAUGCAGUUGCACCAUCGGCGCUUCUCGAGGACAACCUGUGCGACAAAGACGUGGACAGCGAUGCCGCCGACGAAGACAAUGAUGAUGAGACAAAAGAAAACUAUGAAGGCUUUAAUGGAACUGGACGCACUGUCACCUUGCAGACACUGAUGGCUGCCAAUGUCCUUCAGCCGGGACUGGGUCUGAUGACCAUCGAGUACCUGGGACAGAAAUUUGUCGGCGACCUGCUUGCCGAUGGUAAGAUUAAGUCGCACGAAACAGAGACCGUUUUCCUGACACCCAGCGCCUGGGCCAUGCACUGCAAACGGAUCAUAAAUCCGGAGAAAAAGAGUGGCUGCGGCUGGGCGUCCGUAAAGUACAAGGGCAAGAAGCUAGAUGCCUACAAAAACACCUAUUUGCGGAAGUGCGCUCUGCAAAAGGACAACUCGCCGUUGGACGACAGCGAGUUGGAUGCCGAGCGAAAGUCCGAUUCCCCAGAGGUUGUGGUCAAACGAACUGUAUUCGCCCAUAACACCGUUUCCAAUCGCAAUAUAGUUCACGAUGCCAACAUGCUCAUCGAAUCGGUGCCGUUCACAUCGGUGGGCAAACUACAGCCCUUCCUUAUUACCCUUAAUUCCUCUGCCCUCCUGCUGGCCGACUUCCACAGUCAUUUGACGGUUCGCGAGGUGUGCGGCUACCUGGGCGGCACCUGGGACAUGAACACACACACUCUGUCCAUUACAAAGACAUAUCCGUGUCGGAACACACGAUUCGAUAGACAACGAGCCGGCGAGGUGGAGCGGGAUAUUCAGAAGAUGAUGAUCCAGGAUCAGUUGCUUCUGGUGGGUUGGUACCAUUCACAUCCAAAGUUCCAGGCGGAACCCACGCUGCGGGAUUGCGACUCGCAACUGGACUAUCAGAUUAAGAUGCGCGGUGCCAGCGAUCUGACUUACACGCCUUGUGUUUCCCUGAUUAUAUCUCCUUACUACGACGAGAAUCCCACACUGGAGUCGGUGGUUAAAUGUAUAUGGAUCGUGCCUCCCGGGGAGAGCAAACAAUCGAUGGAGUAUGGUCGGCCCAUGUUAAUGCAGUAUUCGGUGUUACCAGACAAGGAGAUACCUGAGGAGGUGCGCUCUGAGAUUCAGCUGUGCGUGGAUUACUAUUCCCAGUUUCGUGGUGAGGUAGUUCGCUUCCGGAAUAUCUACAACAAUGAGGUCACCUACAACGAGAAGCUCAAGAACACCCUCUACCCUAAGUUCCCAACAAAGCAGAGUGACAAGGCACUUUGGAAUUGGAUUUGCGCGGUGCUCGACUGCGAGCAGGAGGACGACUUUAUACCACCCAAAACCAUUAAGAUUAUUGACAAUGAUGAGUUGGAGGUUAAGGAAGAAGAAAAGCCUGCAGCGGCACAGUUGGAUGUGAAAAUGACGCCGCCAAAGGAAGAGUCAUUGAACGAGGCGGUUACCGCUUUGGAGGAGAGUGUCCGGAAGGCCGAAGAGGAGUCACAGCAGGCUCAGGCAGAGCAGAAAGCCAGCGAGCUGAAAGUGAUGUCGCUUCAGGAGCAGCUCUGCAUGCCCUCAGGCUUGAAUAUGAAUCCGGUGCGAAUGCUGUCGCCACUUGCCACGCCGAACCCCACAUCUGUACUGCCGAAUUUGGCAGCACCAACUACUGGGUUGCUUCCUCCGCAAACCCCGGCCACUUCCAGUGUUCCACCCGCGGCUAUCCCACCUGUAACUACACUGAGUGCUUCGCCCCGCGACAGUCCCAUCACCAUUCAGUCGAACUCGGCCAGUCCCGCCAAGUUUGAAGUACCAGUGCGAGCAUCUCCAUCGCCCGCCAAGUCCGAUACCUCCUCUCACGCCUCCACAUCCGCCUCGACGUCGCGCACCCGAAACUCGCCUGCCCCCAGUCCGGGGAAGUUCAGCGUAAGCGAUAUCGCGAGGAACAGCCCAAGUAUUACGCCGAACAAGUACGAGGUGGUACCAUCAGCAGCCGCUUGUCUGCCCACGGCCAAUGAUCUGAUGGCCGCCAGUCUGGCGCAGCUGGCGGGGCAGCUGCCCCCGAACUUCUUGCAGGGCGACUUGGCUGCCCUCUUCCAACAGCAGCGAAAGGAUUAUGGCAGCUCGUCGCUCAAUCAACUGGCUGCAGCGGCGGCCAAGGUGGGCGGCUCCAAACAGGGAGGUAACUCUAAUGCAGCCUCUGCCCUGAAUGAUCCCAAUGUGGCGGCCGCAGUGGCUGCAUACUCGAACAGUUUCAACAUGCCGCUGCCCACUGCCGGAGUAGGAGGAGUGUCUGGCGGCAACAGCAACUCGCACAGCAACAGCAAGUCCAAGUCGGAACGGUCCUCCAAAUCCUCGUCUUCAUCCUCGUCCUCGAACUCCAGUUCCAACUCGAAUUCGUACAAGACUAAGCUGAUGAAGGAGCUUGAUGAGUUGAAGAACGAUCCGCUGAAGAUGAGUGAGUUAAUCCGCUCGCCGGAAUAUGCGGCGCUACUGCUCCAGCAGGCGGAGGCCUUGGGCGCCACUACACUGGGAACUUUGGGCUUUGGCUCGGACUACAGCUAUUUGACGGGAGCGGGUCUGGGAGUGCCCACACCUGGUGGCCAGCCGUCUAAUUCCUCGAGUGGAAAGUCCUCGAAAUCCUCGCCCGCUGCUGCGGCGGCGGCUGCCCUCAGUGCCGACUACAACAACUUGAUUCAGGCCUCGAAGCUGCUCGGCUACGACUCCUAUAUGCAGCAGAGCAAGCAGAGCAACGACCUCAACGCGUUUCUGCAGCAGCAAAUGGCGGCCGUGGCAGCGGCGUCUAUUCCUCCGCCAGUCUCAGCGGUUGGUGGUUCCAACAGCAGCUCCUCCAAGAAGCAGCAGCAGCAACAACAACAGCAGCAGCAGGCGGACUACACUGCCCUCCUGCAGACCUACACCAAGUUGUUCGAUCCCAACAACCAAUUCGCAGCAGCCAUGUCGUCGAACAAGCACAUGGCUGGAGCCCACAACGAACUCUCCGCACUGCUGUCCGCUGGCGUGGGAGUGCCUGGAGGAUCUGCGGGUGGUGGGGGAGGAGGAGGAUCAUCCAAGCAGAAACAGAAGGACAUUCAGAGCGACAUGUUGAAUCAGCUAUUGCAGUUGGAGAAACAAGACUCGGAGAUCAAGGCGCUACUGUAUCGUCAAAACAAGGCCGCCGCCGAUCUGGACGCACUCUUUGCCACUCCCACGGGAGCAGGUGCCCCUGGCAACUCUAUGAAGGCUGGUGGUUCUUCAGCUGCUCCAGGAGCACCCUCACCCUCGUCGCUUUCUAAUCCGGCUGCUUAUUACAAUGCCCUCGCUCAGGAGAAGAUGCAGGACUACGCCGCCUUCUUCCAGCAGCAGCAUGGAAAGUAUGGAAUACCCGAUCCGUUGUCCAAGUCCACCUUGGCGGCCAACAACAUGUUUAUGUCGCCGUCGGCGCUCUUCAAGAUCCAGCAAGAAUCGCUCUCGGCCAUGAUGAUGAAGCCGCCGAAAUCGACGACACCUUCGUCGGCACGCACCCGGGAAUCGUCGGCGUCGCCAGCUCUGGAACGGCUGACGCCUACCAAGUCGGCCAGCAGCGGGGGCGGCGGCAAUAGCAACUCCAACUCUGGUGGCAAGUACAACUUCAGUGCCGUCGACUUGGCCAUAUCCAGUGUGCCCUCGAACACCCCAUCGCCGGCUCCUUCCGACGGCAGCAGCAGUUCUUCGCAUCGUCGGCCCUCUCCGGACCUGAGCCGCCUCUACGGCGAGUUGGCGCCUCCGGGAGCCCUCCUUGGCAGCGGUGGAGUCGGGUUGCCCAAGAAGCGCAUGGAGUUCGCGUCUGUAGCCGAUCUGGCCGCUCCGCCUCCGGCCAAGAUGCCCAAGAACAGCAUGGGCGAUGACAUACUCAACCUGUCGCACGAUUAGGAUAGUCGGAGCGGCAGCAUUUCCCCAGCAGUAUCUAUUUCCAUACGUAAUCCAUUAAUGUACCAGUGUCCGGUGUCAUUUUAAUCGCCCAAUCAGUAUCCAUUCGGUACAAGUAUUUCAUAUAAUUUCCCUUAUUUCCAUAAGUUACUUUUCGCUAAGUGUAAAGUCCAUUAAUCAGAACUAUCCAACUGAUGGCAG